AUGGGAGCCGAUGGUGGUACUAUAGCUAAACGACAAGAUAUACUUGCAUUACAUUCAAAUUUCAAGGAUUUGGAGAAUACAAAGGCAAAGAAAGGAGAUGGUGAUGAGAUAAAUAAUAGAUUUACAAUAUGUCAAAUAUCGUCAUUGACGUUAUUUAAGAAAGAUCCAAUAGUAGGUGAUUACAAAGGUAAUCUAUUCAUAAAGGAGAAGAUACUAGAGUAUUUAUUGAAUGUGAAGCUUAAAAAGGUGAAGAAAGAAGAGAAGUUUAAUCAUAUUUCAUCAAUUAAAGAUUUAUGUCAAAUUAAUAUUACUUGGUCUGUUGUUAAAGAUGUUCCAUUUGUGAUAUGUCCAGUGACUAAAGAAAUACAAAAAUAUCAAACUUUUGCAUAUUUAAGAUCUUGUCAUUGUGUAUUAAGUUAUAAAGUAUUGAAAAUUAAAAACUCCAAAGACUCAGACUCAGAAAUUAAGUAUUCUUGUCCUAAUUGUAAUAAGGAUUAUGAAUUAAUAGAUAUAGUAUUAUUAGAUCCAUUAGAGAAAGAAGAGUCAAAAUUGAUAAACGACAAAAAGUAUGAAUUUUUGAUAGAUGAAGGUUUAACAAAUUCGAAAUUACCCAAGACAAAGAGCAAGAAAGAUGAGAAGAAGAAAGGAGAUGAAAUACCUAAAGUUGAUGAGUUUAUAAGGAAACGAAAGUUAAUAGAUGACGAUUCAUCAAUAGAUCUACAUAAAAAAAUCAAAUCUUAA